UGUUUGUGCAGUCUGUUUAUACAGUCUAAUGUUUUGUGCAUUCUGUAAUUUUUAUAGUGUUUUUUUUGUUGUUGUCGUAUUUUUCUGUAACUUUUUUUUCCUACCAUGAUUACUAUUAGUAGAGAACAAGCAAUCUGUAUGUUUUACUGUCAGCCGUAUAAUGAAUCAAACGUUUCUAAACUAUCCAAGUUAAUUGACAACAUGGACAAUAUUGAAAUAUGUUUUGCAGAUGACCCCACCGAGCCAAUGCUCCUUCGCCAAUUAAGAAUAAACCAAAAUCCACUCAAAUUUAAAACAUAUGUGAGCGAAGAUGUGAUUUCGUCUCAGGCUGAAUCUGAAGAAAUACUUGAUAAUAAAAUCUUCCUCAGUAAAUCUCCCACUGAGCAGCAUGUCAUACAGUUUUUGAAUACUUGUUUCCUUCCUUACGACCCGAAUAACGAUGAAGUUUAUGAACAACGAAGUCUUUCAAACGGCGAUAUAUUAUCAGUUUUAUGGCAAUAUACUGAAGUACUCAAUGAUAAGAGUGUCACAUCAUUUGGAAACUGGUGUUCAUCCAAAAAAGUUGAUUUUUUAUGUUGCAAACCUAAAAGAAGACACAUUGCUAAUAACUCCAUGAUCUCUGUCAGGUCAUUAUAUGUGUUAAAAAAAAAACUACUUUGGUAAGAUAAGACAAAUUUUUGAUAAGAGAAUCCAAGGGAUUAAUUUUCGAAAAUGAAAACUAUAUAGCCAAAACCAUUGAAAGGAUAGUAUUAUAUCUGCACAAUUACCAAACAGAGAUUCAAACCUUGAAGCAGCAAGGAUUUACCGUAAUAGGAUAUGCUAGAAAGUCGAAGAGUGGUGAAGAUAUUGAAACCAGAACCAGGUUGCUGAAUCUCAUGUGUAAGCGGCUAAAGGAGAAAUCAUUAGUUGAUCAUGUUUUCGUAUCAUAUAUCUCUCAAGCUAACGACCAGUUGGCAACAAGAGAUUUACAACAAAUGAGCGAAAUAUAUAAAGGUUUACAUGCUGAAGAAAGCACUCAGG